UAAAAUUAAAUAUUUUUGGCGGUGAGCUCGGGAAUUUUUGAGCUCGGGAUUUUUUUAAGGCAAGUAGUGGGUCAAAGUGCUCGGGAAUAAUAUUAAAAUGCUCGGGAAACUAUGUGACAAAGUGGUGGAGCUUUAUAUAGCCCAAAUUAACACAAGGGCAAAAUGGUAACUUCACAUUAAAAUAGGAGCGACGCCUAAUAUCUUACCACUUUAAUUCAGUGCUCACAAUCAGCGUCCCACAUUAAUCUCACGUUUAAGAAGAGGAUGAUUAACUUAUCUUUAUCUGGAGUCGCCACUCUAAUUCAUUUGGGCAAACUACUUGAUUCGGCAACUAAUCUACUAUCAAUCCUCUGGUUCAAUUGUGCUAAGGUUUACAAAAGGAAAAUUGAAGGGCAGCAAAUCCAGAGAAUGCACGCAAGCUGUUUGAUGAAAUGCCGACAAGAAAUCUACUUCACUUUAUAAAGGUAAGCAUGUAUGUGAUUAACUCCUUUCAAAGAAGAGAUAUUUUCAUAUCUGGAUGAGCAAAAUUGUCAACAAAAAAUUACAAGUAGAUGGGAGUGUUUUAAUCUGUUACUACUUUGCUGAGUGGUAUAAAAAAACGGGGAAUGCUACCGUAUAAAGAAAUGGAGUAACCUUUAUCGGACGAACGAUGCAAAAUGGAAUUAUAAAACUUGAUUAAAUUUUUUGAAAAAAAAAUACAUCUCUUCCUAGGGUGUUACACACUAUUUUUCCUUACCUAUACAAUCUACGUUACUGUUAGUUACUCCAAAUGUAAAAAAGAGUACUGUAGUCCGUUACUGUAAUUAUUUGUCAGUAGAAUGUGUGAUUCACAGCCAACGGGAGAAAAAAUCAUUGGUUUCACUCUGCUUUUACAUAAAAGCUGAUAAUAAUGCAAAGUCCUUGUAAUUCAUCCUUCAUCAUCAUUUACAAGAAUUGUCUACCAGAAUUGCAAGGCAUAGAAAAAAGGGAGUGAACCACCAACAAGAAAUUCAAAAAGAAAAUGGCAGAGGGGGUUCUUUUUGAGUUGUCUGGAACAGUGUUGGAAGGCUUUGGCAAAGCAGCCAUGAAAGAGGCUGCAUCCUGGUGGGGUGCACGAGACGAUUUGAAGAAGCUUGAGAAAACCAUCAGGAUGAUCCAAGCUCGAGUUCCCGAGGCACCAGGAAGAGGAUGGCAGUGAUGCCGUCAAAGAGUGGCUUCGCAGGCUGAGGAUGGUUCUUUACCAAGUUGACGACCUGUUUGAUCUUGUCCUUACUGUUGACCGCCAGAAACAGCAGAUUGAAGUUAACAAGCAGGUUUGUGUUUCUUUCUCGAGGUCUGGCACUCUUUGUUUUAACUGGAAAAUAUCUCGAGAAAUCAAGUCUAUUCGACAACAACUUUGUGAAAUCAAUUCAGAUAUUGCUGGCUUGAACUUGCCUGCCUAUGGUCAUAGAGACGAACCACAACCACUAAGGGCUCGUUUCAUGAGGAAUAGGGAAACAUGCUCUUUUGUGAAAGCAGAAGAUGUCAUUGGUAGGGAAACUGAUAAAAACAUUAUUAUUGGGAUGCUUUUUAAUUCCAAUAAUGAUGGGAAAAGGAUUGCUGUGAUUCCAAUAGUGGGCUUAGGGGGUAUCGGAAAAACCACUCUUGCUCAACUGGUUUUUAAUGAUGAGGGGGUUCAGAACCAUUUUGAUCUUACUAAAUGGGUCUGUGUACCUGAGUUAGGUGAUCAAAACACAGUAAUCAGGAGAGUUUACCAAUGCUUCACCGGUGAUAAGGAUUUUGAUAGACUCUUAUUUGAAGAUAUUGUAUCGAGCAUCCAAGUAUCAAUAAAAGAUAAGAAGUAUCUUCUUGUCUUAGAUGAUAUAUGGGAUGAAAGUCGGGAUAGUUGGUUGGAUCUUCUAAGUUUGCUUGAAUGUGGCGCAAAUGGGAGUAGAGUUAUUGUAACAACACGCUCUGCUAAUGUUGCAAAAGCUGUUGGGACAGCAGAACCCCACAGUCUAGGACUUCUAGCUGAAGAGGAGUCCUGGAACCUUUUCAAAAAAAUUGCAUUCCGAUUGGGGCAAGAAGAGAGUAAUCCUGGUUUGACUCAGCUUGGGAAGGAGAUCGUUGAAAGUUGUGGAAAUGUUCCCCUUGCUAUCAGGGUUGUUGGAAGCCUUCUACACUCUGAAAAUAGCGAGAAACAUUGGCAACGGAUUAGAAAUGCUCGACUCUCGAAGGCAAAGAGGAACGAAGACAACAGCAUAAUGCAAGUGUUGAAGUUGAGUUGUGAUUACUUGCCAUCGGCAUUAAAGCAAUGCUUUGCUUACUGUUCAUUGUUCAAAAAAAAUUACACAUAUAGGAAAGAUAAAUUAGUUAAAUUGUGGAUGGCACAAGGAUAUUUUGAUCCAUCAAGCACGGAUACUGGAGAACAAUAUUUUUUGGAACUGUUAGGGAGGAAUUUAUUCCAAGAUCCAAAUGAAGAUGAUGUAGGGAACGUCAUAUGCUGCAAAAUGCAUGAUUUAGUGCAUGAUUUGGCUCAAGAUAUAGCUGGUGAAGAGAUGAAACAGGUUGAGCCUUCCGACAAAAUAUCUUCUACUGAUGGACUUAUGCAUGUGAGUUUUAAAAAAAGGGGGAUUUAUAGUGGAUGGAAAGUUUCAGUGUCAUUGCUUGCUGCUAGGAAGAUGCGGUCAGUGACACUGUCUAGUAACUAUUUUGGAUGGACUAUAGAAACACCAUCUCUUAAAAUGGCAAUUUUGAAAUUUCAGUCUUUGCGUGUCUUGGACUUAGAGGGUAUGAAUAUCUCCGUGGUCCCAAAUUCUGUAGGGAAGUUGAGACAUCUGAGGUACCUUAGUCUUGAAAGCAAUUAUUCUAUUAGAUGUCUUCCUAAUGACAUAACAAGAUUACAGAACCUGCAAACACUGAAGCUUCGUUAUUGUGUCUCUCUUACAGAGUUGCCAAGAGAUUUUUUUAAAUUGGAUGACUUGAGGCACUUGGAAAUUGCUGGGAGUGGUUUGAGUGAUUUUCCAGUAGGAUUUGGGAAAAUGACAUCUUUGAAAGAGUUGGAUGUAUUUGUGGUUGGGAAAAGCUGUGGUAUAGAUUCAUUGCCACCCUUGAAUUUUUGUGAGAAUCAGCUUAUUACAUUUUGCAAGUGGCGAAGUGAUGCUGUUGUGGAAGCACAGAGAGCAAAUUUGAAGGAUAAUCAGCGAUUGAUUAGUCUUUGCUUAGAUUUUAAAUGUAUGGAAGUUGCUCCCAAUUUAAGUGAAAUGGAUAAAAUGUUAAUGUUCUUGCAACUGCCUCCAAAUCUUAAAGAUAUUGGAGUUCAUUACUAUGAAGGAGUUGAGAUGCCACGUAGAUGGUUAGAUGGGUUAUCUAAGCUUGUUUCCAUUCGUAUUGAGGAUUGCAGUAAUUGCAGAGUUCUUCCUCAUUUGAGUCGGCUGCCUUAUCUCAAUGAAAUCUGUUUAUCUUGGCUUGAUGACUUGGAAUAUGUAGAAGAUGAAGGCGACAUCUGGGUAAGUGGAGGUGGAGAGUGUGGUUCUGGAUCCCAAAAUGGUUACUUCCCAUCCUUAACGACCUUGUCAAUCGAUUAUUUAAGUUCUAUAAAGGGGUGGACAAGACCAGCAAAGGAUGAUGAUGGUGAGCCAAGGCAAUUGCUGUUUCCUCGUCUUCUGCAAAUGACAUUAAAUUAUUGCCCCAAAUUGGCAUCAAUGCCCCUAGCACCAAAGUUGGAGUUUUUGAGGGUGGAAAAAAUCAAUGGGAAGGUGUUAGAGUCGAAUCUGAUUUCAAUUGAUGAUGAAAAAGCAUCUUCAUCAUCUUUAUCUUCAUCAACACUUUUCACCACCUUAAAAAUUUUGCGUAUUUCUGAAAUUGAAGGUGGACUAGCUUAUCUUGCAAUCAGUAGUAAGCUAUUUAAUCUACAAUAUUUAACGAUAUACGGAUGCAUGGAACUGACAAGUUUGACGAUAGAAUCUUCAAAUUCCAUUCAACAUCUCGUGAUUCAGAAGUGCAAAACCUUGGAAAAUAUAACAUUGGGGAAUCUCUCUGUCCUUGAAACACUUGAUAUUGUUGAUUGUCAAGAAUUGGCAGCACUUCCAUAGUCAUUACAAGGCCUUACCUCUUUACAGAAACUUUCUAUCGAGGAUUGUCCACAUCUGAAAGAAAGAUAUGAGAAGUCGAAUGGCCAAGAUUGGCACCUUCUCCAACAUAUCCCCAGGGUUGACUUAAUUGAUUAAUAUCAUCGCAACAAUUCCGUGACAGACAAUUUCAUGCUGCUGUAAGCUUCUCAUCAGCUCAGCAGGUUCCUACUUUAAAUUGUCGUCUCAAAUCGGAGGAAACUUAAUCCAUGCUAUCAUCUCACUCAGAUGAUCCUGCAAGCUUUAGGGGAUGUGAAUAUUGAGUGGAAUAAAUGGAAUCAGACUGAGCGGAGGAAGCUUUUACCUGACUUUGCUAGGAAAUAGGAAUUUUAGGAAGGAGGUUUGCUUUAGAGAUGUAGUGCAGGAAUGCUGAACUCAAGCGAAGAUGGUGACUAUUUCAAUGCUCUUCAGAUGCCAGGCUAUGUGCAUCAUUGAUGCAACCGGAGAUACACCGAGCAUGAAACAAGUGAAAAGAAAUCGAGGCCCUUGUUUUACAUGUAUAAUUUCGGGUAGUUUAAUUGGAUUGGCCUGAGCAUAUGAUUGGUGGAGCUUUUCAACCCUUCCUAGAAGGUGGGGAAAGCUUACACAGUGAUGCUAAUCAACCCACUUUAAUUUGGUGAUUCUAAAGGAAGGUUUGGGAAGUGUUUUGUGGUAUCCUAAAUUUCAACACACAAAACAAGCGGAGGAGAGGAUUUCAAUGGUACUGAAAAAGUGAAAAUUGUUUCUGCUAUUGUGGUUUGAUUGAUGGUUAAUCGUGGUUUAAUGGUUCUGAAAAUUGUUUCUGCUAUUGUGGUUCGAUUGAUGGGUAAUCGUGGUUUAAUGGUGCUGAAAAUUGUUUAGAUUGUUGGGGUCAUAUGGAGCUUCAGUAAGGCUAGUGUAAUUAAUAGAUACAGGCUCCGGUUGGAAAAUGCAGCUGCACAGAACUCUGUUAUCUGGUGACAUUUUCCACCUUUGUCCAUCAAUUGUUGUUAUCUUAUGUAUGAAGUUGCUGUAAACCUUUGCGAAACAUGUUUUUGGGUUUGUUACCAUCAACAAAUCAUAGUAAGAGAAAAAAGGGUGCACAGUGCAUUCCUUUCAAGUCCCGUGGUUUUAACUCUUCAAAUUGAAGAGCUUUUUCAUGUUGAAAAACUAAAAGUUGCUUAUGUUGUUUUUUCUUAA